UCUGUCCAUGAGCUUUAUAUCAAGGGAUUGGCUAGUAAUCCAGCUUUUCUUUUGCUUGACCACUGAAAUCGUCAGCCGCAGACUCACCCCUGACUUUCAGAGGCGGAACGUUUGUCUGCCUGCAGGGUGCGCAUGUACAAGAGGGCGGAACUACCCUCGUUGUCGGCGAAUUACAAAUCCUUUUGCUAGUAUCGUCGGUAGUAAUGGAACACGUGAGAAGGAUGUGAAGAGGAGUCCGAAGUCAGGACGAAAGUAGUUUAGCUGCAUAGAAUACAGACGUUGCUUCGUGUGCACUUUUAGCAGUGAACGCGAAAGAAAGCUUCGUAUAAUGUUAUGACGAACUCCUCUCAAACAAAAUCCUGACUGUUGUCUUUUAUUGAACAUUGAACGAUAGAUUGUAGUAUGACGAAGGAAUUGAUCAGGAGAAAUGAUUUGACUGUGUUCAAAAGUGGUGACUGUAGUUUUAUCAGUGCCUCGGUGUUUUAAAUGAAAAUUGUCGAAGGAAUGAGCUCCCACGUGCAUGCAAGAACAAUUUAUGGAGGAAAUACAAUGCCAGCUGCGUUUUCUGCGCUGCAUCUGUUGAGGAAUUACAAUCUGUUCGCUCCUACUCCAGAUUUACGCAGACCCGAGCCAUAUACUCCUAAGGAGUACAAUUUCGGGACUACAGAUAUUGUGGAAAGUUCAAAUACUCCUGAUAUAUCAAUUGGUCGAGUACCAUCACCGCUACCACUUUCGUCCCUGUCGACUGCAUUUUCGCUCUCUGGAUCUUUGAUCCAGCCACCGCUCAUAGCUACAGUGCCAUCCUUGAUGCAAUCUAUAAACAUGCCAUCAGCAUUUUCUAAUGAUAAUACAAAUAGAGUGGUGAGUCGUCAUUUUCUUGGCACGAACGGGAUUGCAAAUAUGCACAGACGUCCCAGAAGUGAGAAGAAACCAAUUCCAGAUGAGCAAAAGGAUGAGAAAUAUUAUGAGAGACGCAAACGCAAUAAUCAAGCUGCAAAGAAAUCUCGCGAUGCUCGUAAAAUCCGAGAAGAUCACAUUGCGUUACGAGCUACGAUGCUGGAACACGAAAAUGCAAUUCUAAGGGCACAAGUGAUAACACUUCGAGAGGAAGCGCAAUGCUUGCGACACAUGCUGAUCAAACAGCAAACACCAGCUUUACAAUCUAUCGAUCGUUCGAUCUCCUCGAUGACACCUGUUACGUUAUCACCCACUCAUUCGACAACUUUGGACUGUCAGAUUUGAGCAGAGUUGCAGAUAAAUGAUUAAAUCUUUAAUUGUUAAUGAGGCAAUUAAAAAAUCUGCAUCCCUGGAUUUGAGACACGUUGUCGAUAAACGAUCGAGAUAAGUAUACAUAGAAAUUGUCACAAUGAAAUCAUACAUAUCGUACUCUCACGAAGUGAUAUUUUGCUCAGUCUGUUGUGUUAAGGAUCUAUAAAUUUUAUACAAUUUACGUCUAGACACUCAGAGUAUUAAGAAAGGCACAGGU